AUGUCGGACACCGAAGCCUCCAAGUCCAAGGCCAGCGUCGGAUGGACCGACCGCCAGCGCCUCGCGUACUUCUUCAGCCUCGUCGACUUCUCCAAGGUCAAGCUCGACUACGCCAACGCGCCCCGCCCCGAAGGCAAGUCCGUCGGCGCCUGCCAGAUCAUGGUCCACCGUCUCAAGGGCACGCUCAAGGAUGACCUCGAGGCGCUGCGCACCGGCACUGCGAUGCCCGAGGAGGCGCCCAAGAAGGCUGCUGGCACGCCCAAGUCCACGCCUAGGAAGCGCAAGGCCAAGGGUGAUGCUGACGGCGAGGGAGAGGCUACGCCUACCAAGAAGGGCAGGAAGAAGAAAACUGCUCUUGCUGAGGAAGAGCCUGCUGCCGCUGAUGAGGACGAGACCGAGCUCAAGGUCAAGGCUGAGAACGUGGACGAGGAGUUCAGCGUCGGUGAUGACUAG